AUGGAGAUGCAUUGUCCUUUUAGUGGAGAAACUAUUAGAAAGUCAGUUUCGUCAAAAUGGGGAUCAGAAUCGCAUUUUUUGACUGAAUUUGAGGAGCUUGGAUUGAUUGGUAGAGGAGGUUUUGGAAUAGUUACAAAAUGCAAGAAUCAUCUUGAUAACUGCAUCUAUGCAGUGAAGGUAGUUCCUCUGAAGUCUGCAAACAUGCCCUUCCAGAAAGUCCUGAGGGAGGUACGGGCUCUGGGUUGCUUGCGCCACCCAAAUAUCGUGCGCUACCACCAGGCCUGGCUCGAGGAGAAUUUUUCUGGCAUUUCUUGUAGUUCAGCUGCUGAUCCCUUAAGGUCUGGAGAUUCCUAUGAGGAGUUUGAUUUUGACUCCCCAUGUCUAUAUAUACAAAUGGAAUUUUGUCCAAGAUCGUUGGAGAAGUUUUUGGAAACUUCAGGCGAUUUGGAUAAAGACAAGGCAUGGAAGAUUUUUCUUCAGAUUGUGGAUGGGCUUGUGGAAGUCCAUGCAGCCGGAAUCGUACACCGCGAUUUGUCACCUGCAAAUAUUUUGCUUGAUGAACAUGAUGACAUCCGCAUAUCGGAUUUUGGUUUGGCCAAACUAGUAAAUGGUGUCAAUGAUGAAGUUGCAACGGGCUCUAUUGGUCAUCAACUAUAUACUGCACCAGAACUAAAAGACAAGCAAAUGGAAGUUGACACCAAUGCUGAUAUAUACAGCCUUGGUCUCAUUUUUGUCGAGCUUUUUCACCCCAUAUCAACACAACACGAGAGGAUUGCUGUUUUUCAAAAUCUGAGGGUGAACAAAGAAUUUCCAAAAAGCUGGAAAUACGAAGAGCAUAAGUGUUUCGUGCAACAACUACUGUCUACAAUUCCUAGUGAAAGACCAACUGCGAAUGGAAUAUUGCAGCAACAAGCAUGGGCUUCAUCAUCAUCGCAAGGAGAAGAGGAUGUUUCUCCAGAUGAAUUCAAGGCCAAUUUUUUGGUUUAUGAUGGAAAACAUGUUCCAGUAGCUCUUGGUGACACUGAGGAUGUAAAGACUGAUGCAUGAAAAUGAGGAGUGUAAACAGCAGGGGAGACUCUGGUGGGCGGCGGCAGCAACGGUGGUUGUGGAGGUGGAAGGAGCUUAAGAUCCUGUGUAUGAUAUUGUGUCCAUGAAAGACAAUGAAAUGGUGUAAAUAGAAAAAAAGUUUCGAAACAUACUUGUAUGCUUGUUCAAAUGUGUGUGUAUAUAUAUUCAUGGAUGGCAAGAAACUCCCAUAAUACUUUUAAAGAGGCUCAACCCUUUUACCU